AUGAAGGCGGCUAGGGCCAGGACGCCGCGGAGGCCGAGGAAAGCCACGAACCCCACGCAGAAGGACCCGGUGGGGGUGUACUGCCGCGUGCGGCCGCUCAGCCGGGCGGACCAGGAAUGCUGCAUCGAGGUCAUCAACGGCACCACGGUGCAGAUCCACCCUCCCGAGGGCUACCGCGUGUUCAGGAAUGGCGAGUACCGCGAGACCCAGUAUUCCUUCAAGGAGGUGUUUGGCACGCUGGUGGCACAGAAGGAGCUCUUUGACGUGGUGGCCAAGCCUCUGGUGGAGGACCUGAUCCGGGGCAAGAACGGUCUCCUGUUCACCUACGGAGUGACGGGCAGUGGGAAGACCCACACCAUGACAGGAUCUCCUGGGGAUGGGGGGCUCCUGCCCCGCUGCCUGGCCAUGAUCUUCAACAGCAUCGGCCCCUUCCAGGCCAAGAGAUUCGUUUUCAAGCUGGAUGACAAGAACGGGGUGGACGUGCAGAGCGAGGUGGAGGCUCUGCUGGAACGCCAGAGGAGAGAGGCCCUGCCCACCCCAAAAACUCCAGCUGGGAAGAGACAGCUGGAUCCCGAGUUUGCCGACAUGAUCGACGCGCAGGAUCACUGCCGGGCGGGGGACGUGGACGAGGACAACGUCUACGGCGUCUUCGUGUCCUACAUCGAGAUCUACAACAACUACAUCUACGACCUGCUGGAGGAGGCCCCCUGCGACCCCAUCAAACCCAAGUGGAACAAUUGCAACACUCCUGUGAGAAAUGGAGACUUUGUACCUCCCCAGUCCAAAAUCCUUCGGGAAGACCAGAACCACAACAUGUACGUGACGGGCUGCACCGAAGUGGAGGUCAAAUCCACAGAGGAAGCUUUUGAAGUCUUUUGGAGAGGGCAGAAGAAGCGGCGCAUCGCCAACACGCAGCUGAACCGGGAAUCCAGCCGCUCCCACUCGGUGUUCAUCAUCAAACUGGCACAGGCUCCUCUGGAUGCUGAUGGGGACAACGUGCUCCAGGAAAAGGAGCAGAUCACCCUGAGCCAGCUGUCCCUGGUGGAUCUGGCGGGAAGUGAGAGAACCAACAGGACCAAAGCUGAGGGGAACAGACUGCGGGAAGCAGGGAAUAUCAACCAGUCCUUGAUGACAUUGAGGACGUGCAUUGAGGUUCUGCGGGAAAACCAAUUGUAUGGAACAAACAAGAUGGUUCCAUACAGAGAUUCCAAACUGACUCAUCUCUUCAAGAACUAUUUUGAUGGAGAAGGGAAAGUUCGGAUGAUUGUGUGUGUGAAUCCCAAGGCAGAGGACUACGAGGAAAGCCUGCAAGUGAUGCGUUUUGCAGAGAUGACCCAGGAGGUGGAGGUGGCCAGGCCCCUGGACAGGCCCCUGUGCGGGCUGACGCCGGGGCGGCGCCUCCGGAACCAGGCAUUCCGGGAGGAGCUGUCCCGCAAGCUGGAGCUCAGGGGCGGCCCCGUGGGAGCAGGACCAGAGGAGCCAUCUCCUGCUGAGCUCUUCUUCCAGAGCUUCCCUCCCCUGCCUUCCUGCGAGCUCUUGGACAUCAACGACGACCAAACACUCCCAAAACUGAUCGAGGCCCUGGAGCAGCGCCACAAAAUGAGGCAGAUGCUGGCAGAGGAAUUUGCCAAAAACGUUCUUGCCUUUAAAACAAUGCUGCAAGAAUUUGACUCCAGUGUUGCAUCCAAGGAAAAUUACAUCCAAGGAAAACUGGCUGAGAAGGAGAAAACCAUAACAGGGCAGAAGACAGAGCUGGAACGGCUGGAGAAGAAGAUUAAAACCUUGGAGUACAAGAUUGAGAUUUUGGAGAAGACAGCCACGAUUUACGAGGAGGACAAGAGGAACCUGCAGCAGGAGCUGGAGAGCAAGAGCCAGAAGCUGCAGCGGCAGGCGUCGGACAAGAGGAGGCUGGAGGCCAGGCUGCAGGGAAUGGUGGCUGAGACCUCCCUCAAGUGGGAGAAGGAAUGUGAGCGGCGGGUGGCAGCCAAGCAGCUGGAGAUGCAGAACAAGCUGUGGGUGAAGGAUGAGAAGCUGAAGCAGCUCAAGGCCAUCGUCACCGAGCCCAGAGCCGAGCGGCCGGAGAGGCCAUCCCGGGAAAGGGAGCGGGAAAAGCCUCUCCCGAGAUCUGUGUCUCCUUCUCCUGCUCCCAGCUGUGGUGACCCCGCUGAGCUCGGGGACACCCGGGUGGCCCCGCGGCUGCCCCGGCGCUCCAACUCCUGCAGCAGCAUCUCUGUGGCCUCCUGUGUGCUGGAGUGGGAGCAGAGGGGCCCUUCCUGCGAGCCAGCCAGCAUUCCCAAGCCCAGGAAUAAAGCUGGAGCAGAGCCGGGCUCGGCCUGGCCCAGCCCUGCCAGGAGGAGAGGGAUGUGCUGGAGCCGAGUGCUGGAGGUGCCCAGGGAUAGAGAGGAGCUAGAGCAGGAAGAGGAUCCGUGCUGCAGGAGCGCUCCGGUGGCGCCGCUGCGGCCGCGGCGUUCCCGCAGUGCCGGCGAGCGCUGGGUGGAUCACCGGCCGCCGUCCCACGUGCCCACGGAGACGCUGCUGCAGCCGCGCGUGCCCAGGGCCAUCACCGUGGACGCCCCCAGCGAGCGCGCCCUGGCCCGGUGCGACCGAUACCUGCUGACCCACCAGGAGCUCGCCUCCGACGGGGAGAUCCAGACCAAGCUCAUCAAGGGGGACGUGUUCAAGACCAGGGGUGGUGGCCAGGCCGUGCAGUUCACGGACAUCGAGACCCUCAAGCAGGAAUCUCCCACUGGGCGGAAGCGCCGCUCGUCACCUCCCAAUCCCGACCCCGCCGGGGACGCUGCGGACUCGGAAUGGACGGAUGUGGAAACCAGGUGUUCCGUGGCCGUGGAGAUGAGGGCGGGAUCGGCGCUGGGACCGGGAUUCCAGCACCACGCCCAGCCCAAGCGCAGGAAGCCCUGA